AUGGCGGGCUAUGCGAGCCACGGUGUCAGUCUCCCUGGAGUACUAGGUCGCGGGUGCGGUGAGAGCCCACAGACGGAGAAGGAUGUGGAUCCAGCGAACUUCCAGCAGCUUCUUCGUCAGCUCCGGGAUCAGUCUGUUUCGCAAGGCGAUGUUGCUGCAAUGCGACAAGAGAUGCUUACGCUCAGAAUGGUGGUAAGUGCAGCGAAGACUGAGAUGACUGUACUGAUCGAACAGGAGGUUGGGAAGGCCAUUGCACGGGAGAAGGCUGAAAGAGCUGAUGCUGAACGACGACUUCACGAGAGAGUGGCUGGCUUUGCACAUCAGCUGCAGAUGCAACAGGAGGAGGUGGAGAAGUUCCAAGGCCGCUUGGAGUCCAGCACACGGACAGCGCAAGAGAGCGUGGCCAAGCUGACCAAGAGCACCGCCGAGGCCGAGGCCCUGCGCGACAGCCAGGUGUGGAAGAGGCUGGAGAGGCUCGAGGACAAGCUAGGCCGUGAGAUGAAAGAGCUACAACAGGACACGACUGCGCAAUUGCACAGUCUGGAGGCUGCGAAGGUGCAGUUUGAGCACCUUGUACAAGAGACCUGCCAGCAGUCUCAGGCUGAGCAGAGUCAGGAGCUCUUGGAGGUGAACAGAAGGUGCGAGGCUUUGAACAAGGCAAUGGUGGAUCUGGGCUUGCAGAAUCAGCGGACGAAGGACACAAUGCAAGAUGCAGUGCCCAAGAAGGAUCUGAUCCAACUUGCAGAGCGAGUCCAGGGGCUGGCCGGCAAUCAGGAGGGCAACACGAAACUUUGGGAGGAGCAGGCCCGCUUGUUGAACGGAUUCCGUGAUGAUCUGCAGAACAGGACCAGCGAGUUGAUGACCAGACUGGCUGUGGCCGAGCAGAAGAACGUGUCACUGGAGGAGUCAUCCACUCGAACGGAUGCAAAGGUUUCGCAGCUAGGUGACAAGACAACUCUGCUGGCACAGGACUUGGAGAAGCAGAUGCAUGAAGACAGAGCUGCAACUGGUAGGCAGGUCAACUCCUUGGAAACGUCGCAAGCAGAGGCGAAUCUGCAGCUUGGAAUGUUGGACAAGGCUUUCGCUGAACUGAAAGAGGCCCACCAACUGAAGCAGCACACGCAGGAUCAGGAGCGCUGGCAUGAGCGCUUCGCUGAUUGCCUGCAGCGUGUGAGCAGUUUGGAGGCCCAAGUGAUAGCGGCCGGCCAAUUGGCAAGACAGGACAAGCAGGCAUGCGACGAGGAGCUGCGAAGGCUCCAAUCCAACAGCAGGGUCCUCGACUCUACAAUGGAGCAAGCCACGCAGGCGAACGCGCGACAUGCGGAAUUGCAAAGUCGGUUGGAGGAGAGGAUUGGCACCGUGGAUCUACGCCAAGCAUCCAUGUCUGAGGAGCUAGCCAGGCUUCUUUCCAAGGAGAAGAUCCUCGAAGACCUGAAUGCGAGAGUCGAUGAUCUUCAGCCCUGUCUUGCCCGUGGUGAGGAGAACUCGGCACUCAUCCGCAGCCUACAAAGUGCACAGGAAGAGAGCAGGAAAUCAUUGGAAGGUGGUCAACAGUCGCUCGGUACCUGUGUGCGUACGCUGGAGCAACAUCUUUCGGAGGUGCAGAGAUCUCACGGUGAGGCCAAAGAUAGCCUCGCAAAAGCAAACACAGAGAUCCUGAGGCUUUCUACUCAAGCUGACACGCUCAGCGGCAGCCAGGCCACUUUGUGCCAACAAGUUGACCAGAUUCAGAACACUCUUCCCACGGUGAUUCAAAAUCAGAAGGAGAUCUAUGCAACGGGCUCCUUGUUGAAGCGUCUGGAGGAUCAAGUCAGCGCGAUUCCCAAGGCGCAGGCAGAGUUGCACGAGAGAUCGAGGGCGCUGGUGGACAGCCGGCAUAAAGAGCUCGAAGCGCACUUUGCAACGGCUGAGAAGCGACUUGAAGAUCACAUGAAGGCGGCUCAAACCAAUUGGGCUGCGGAGAAGGCAGCUGACAAGGCAUCCACCGAGUCCCACUUCGCGGCACUACGCCAGCGGCUUGACAAGAUGGAUGCCGACUCCAAAGAGGCUCAGCUCGGGCAAGUGGCAGCCACAAAAGACCUGCAAGUGGAGUUGGAGACCCUAAGGGGCCGAUUGGGUGCGGCCGAGCAGCAGCAGGAUCUGGAGUCACAGCAGUUGUCGGGAAGAAUAGUUGCGGCGCAGGCGUCCACCGAGUCCAGCUUGUCCAUGCUUCGACAACUCGUCGACAAACUGGAGGCAUCCACCGAGUCCCACUUCGCGGCACUGCGUCAGCGGCUUGACAAGAUGGAUGCCGACUCCAAAGAGGCUCAGCUCGGGCAAGUGGCAGCCACAAAAGACCUGCAAGUGGAGCUGGAGAACCUGAGGUGCCGUCUAGGUGCCACUGAGCAGCAGCAGGGUCUGGAAUCCAAGCAGCUGUCAGGAAGAAUAGCUGCAGUGCAGGCUUCCAGCGAUUCUGGCAUAUCGACCGUCCAGCACCGGAUUGACAAGCUGGAGAAUGAUUCCACAGAGGCCCUGAAGCUUUUGGAAGCACAGCUUUCUACAUGUGAGCUGAAACAGGUUGCUGCCGUCACAGAGCUGAGGAAGUCUCUCGACGCAGAGCUCGCCGGGGCUCAGGCUGCGCUGCGAGAGAGGCUGUCGGAGAUCCUGGAGCAGCUGCCAGAGAUGGAUGCACGCUUAAGCGAGCAGAAAGGAGACCUGGAGGCUCUGCGAACUCGGCAAGAUGCCAACCACGAUGCGGUCGAGUCUCUGCAGGGCAGCUAUACUCGUGCUGCACAAGAGGUGUCCAAAACGUCGUCUCGCGUGGAGCAGUUGGCUGGCAUGAUUUCUGAGGAGCAGAAGGUCCGAGAGGCGGAUACUGCCCACGUCAAGCAAGGCAUGCGAGAGGUUGAGGCGACUUUAACGACGCAGUUGGAAGAUAUCUUGGGGGCUGUUCAGCGCAGCGCUUCAGAUGUCGGCGAGCUUGCUAACCAGCUGGGAGAGGCCAGCAAAAGGCUUGAGACUUUGCAGGCACAGCAACUUGCUGCCGCGGAGUCCGCGGAACAGCACAAAGCCGAUUUGCAACGCCUGCACGACAGUUUGCACGACCGCUUGCACGAGAAUGCCAUCUUGGCGGAAAGGCAUCGGACAGAGGCCCCGCUUCGGCUUCGAGGGAUUUAA